GGGGAUCCCCUGAGAGGGCGCCGAGCAGGCUGUUUGGCCUCUUUGCUCUGCCGUGGCUCCCGCUUUCCCCGAGGACGAGUUUAAGUCUAAAUCUUGGAAUCGUCACUGGCCUCCGGGGCCCUACCGUGGCCCCAUCCCCGGCUCGGUCUCCCUCCUCAUCCCUGCUCUCCCCGCCUCCCCGGCAGUGGUGGCUCCCUCCUCGAGGUCCGGGGCUUUUCCCUUGGAUCCCGAGGCUCGGAGGGCCACGUAGCGCGCGGCUUUGGGCUCCCGGGCCGCCCUGCCCCCACCUCGGAUUUAAAUGGACUUCAUCCCCGCGGGCAGAGUGUAGCAAUCUCGGGCCACGUGACCGGGCUGGGCCGGGGGUCACCCAGGCCUCAGCUGGAGGGGGAGGGGAUGACGGGGGUGGAUCGGGGGGGGCUCUAAAGCACAGUCACAGUAUGCCAGCUAGAAGGGAGGCUCAGGCCAGGCCCGAAUCCCCAGUCUAAGAGCGCCGGGGAGAGGGGCCGAUCUGUACUCGGAGCCCCUUCUCUCUCCAGGUCUAGAGCAGAUCCCGGAGGCCGAGCGGGGCGGGGCGGGGCGGGGCCGCUGAGGGGUGCCGGUGGCUGCAAGCGAGAGCCGCGGGGUGAAGGCCGUGCCGCGUUGUCAGCGGGUUGCUCGCGGCGGCUGGCGGCGGCCCUGGCGGAUCCCCGUCUGGCCCGGGAUCCAUCCUAACCUUCGGCGCUCGCGGAUACAUUGUAACCUUCGGGCUAGCCGCAGCCCAGCGCGGCGUUGCGCGGCGUUCGAGCCGGAAGGAAGAAGGCCGCCUGCCCCUGCCGUUGCCUCUCCCCUUGCCCUUCCCCCCCGGCGCGGCUCGGUAGCGGGGUGCCGGGCUUGGCUGCAGGCAUGGGCCGGAAGGUGACGGUGGCCACCUGCUCCCUCAACCAGUGGGCCCUGGAUUUUGAGGGCAAUUUGCAGAGGAUUUUAAGGAGCAUCGAGAUCGCCAGAAACAAAGGAGCCAAGUACCGGCUGGGGCCAGAGCUGGAGAUCUGUGGCUAUGGCUGUUGGGAUCACUUCUUUGAGUCAGACACCAUUCUGCACUCCUACCAAGUUCUGGCCCAGCUUCUGAUGUCUCCUGUCACCCAGAACAUCAUCUGCGACGUGGGCAUGCCCGUGAUGCACCGCAACGUCCGCUACAACUGCAGAGUCAUCUUCCUCAAUGGAAAAAUCCUUCUGAUUCGCCCCAAGAUGGUUUUGGCCAACUCGGGCAACUACCAGGAGAUGCGCUGGUUUGCUCCGUGGAACAAGAGCCGGAAAGCCGAGGACCAUUUCCUGCCUCGGAUGAUCCAGGAGCUGACCAAGCAGGAGAUCGUUCCCUUCGGGGACAUCGUGCUGGCGACGCGCGACACGUGCAUCGGCACCGAGAUCUGCGAGGAGCUGUGGAUGCCGCACAGCCCGCACAUCGACAUGGGCCUGGACGGCGUCGAGGUCUUCACCAACUCCUCGGGGAGCCACCACGUGCUGCGGAAGGCCCACGCCAGGGUGGAGCUCGUCAACUUGGCGACCUUGAAGAACGGGGGCGUUUACCUGUUGGCCAAUCAGAAGGGCUGCGACGGGGACCGGCUCUACUACGACGGGUGCUCCAUGAUCUCGCUGAAUGGGGCCACCAUCGCCCAAGGCACCCAGUUUUCCCUGGAUGACGUGGAGGUCCUCACGGCCACCAUCGACCUGGAGGACAUCCGAAGCUUCAGAGCGGAAAUUUCUGCCCGUAACCUGAUGGCCAGCAAAGUGAUUCCCUACAACCGCGUGAAGGUCGACUUUUCACUCUCGUGCCACGACGACUUCUUGGUCCCCCCCUCGGAGCCUUUCCAGUGGCACUUCCAUAGCCUGGGGGAGGAGAUCAGCCUUGGCCCUGCGUGUUGGCUCUGGGAUUACUUGAGGCGCAGUCAGCAGGCUGGAUUCUUCCUCCCCCUUAGUGGCGGAGUGGACAGCUCAGCUUCCGCCUGCAUCGUGUACUCCAUGUGCCGCCAAGUAUGCCAUGCCGUGAGUAAUGGAAAUAAGGAGGUUCUGGCCGACAUCCAGAGGAUCUUAAACCGCGACGACUACAUCCCCCAGGACCCCCAGAAGCUGUGCGGCCACCUGCUGACCACGUGCUACAUGGCCACGCAGAACUCCUCCAAGGACACGUACAACCGGGCCAAGGAGCUGGCUGAGCAGAUCGGAAGCUACCACAUCAACCUCAACAUUGACGGGGUGGUCAAAGCCAUCAUCGACAUCUUCCGCAUCGUGACCGGGAAGAUGCCGCAGUUCUUGGUCCAUGGAGGCAGCAACCGGGAGGACCUGGCGCUGCAGAACGUGCAGGCGAGGGUCAGGAUGGUCUUUGCCUACCUUUUCGCCCAGCUGAGCUUCUGGGCUCGGGGGAUGCGAGGGGGCCUCCUCGUGCUCGGCUCCACCAACGUGGAUGAAAGCCUCCGGGGUUACCUGACCAAGUACGACUGCUCCAGCGCCGACAUCAACCCCAUCGGGGGCAUCAGCAAGACGGACCUGAGGAACUUCAUCCAGUACUGCAUCGAGCGCCUCCACCUCAUCUCCCUGCGCAGCAUCGUGUCUGCUCCGGCCACCGCCGAGCUGGAGCCCUUGGCCGAAGGGCAGCUGGCGCAGACCGAUGAGGAGGACAUGGGGAUGACGUACAAGGAGCUCUCGGUGUACGGGCGGCUGAGGAAGAUGGGCCGCACCGGGCCCUACAGCAUGUUCUGCAAACUCCUCAACAUGUGGAAGGAGACCUGCACCCCCCGGCAGGUGGCCGAGAAGGUGAAGUUCUUCUUCCGGAUGUACGCGCUGAACCGGCACAAGAUGACCAUCCUGACGCCCUCCUACCACGCCGAGAACUACAGCCCCGACGACAACCGCUUCGACCUGCGGCCCUUCCUCUACCCGUCCAGCUGGCCCUGGCAGUUCCGCUGCAUCGACCAGCAGGUGGUGAGAAUCGAAAGCUUCGAGGGGGAGGACGAUUUCGAUCAGCUGGACUGACGGACACGGCUGGAGGCCCCGGCAGCAUCGGUGAUCCCGGCGCGGGCACGUGCCCGCCCUCCAGCCUUGCCCCCCUCUCUUCUCCCGCCACAGGGCACGCGGCCUCCGGGCACCUGGCUUUCUGCAAUCUCUGGGCUCUGAUUCUUUACCCAAACUGUUAGAAAUUAAAAUAAAUCUUUCCUGUUCUCCUAA